CCUCCUAUAUACAAGCGGCAUGCAGCCACAACUGGCUCUAUAGUAUUGGGGGGACAUAUAGGCUGCAUGUUCAAAUAGCGGACUUAAGAACCAAAGAGUUUCUGAAGGAACGUUUGACCUGACGGCUGUUCUGUGGACCCAUGAUAAAUUCUCAAAAGGACCAGAAACGUUUGCUUGUAAAAGGACACAUGUUGAUGAGCCAACAUGCCAUCCGGAUCAGUGAAAUUGCAAAGUAUUAAAAAGCUUGGACAGGAGAAUCGCAGCUAUGAGAUUACGGACGAAGAACCGGCUGGCUCUUACAUGACCAUGUCAACUUCCAAGGAGAGGGAGAAAGGACAUGAGACCAAGGAGCAACCUGCAAUUAGAGUUGGCUUCUUUCAGCUGUUCCGCUUUGCCACAUGCAAUGAAGUGCUGAUGAUGGUGGUGGGGAGCAUAUGCGCCGUGCUGCACGGCUCCGCCCAGCCCCUUAUGCUGCUGGUGUUCGGCCUGCUUACCGACACGUUCAUCGAGUACGACAUUGAGCUGAAUGAGCUGAGUGACGAGCGAAAGGAGUGCGUGAACAACACCAUCCAGUGGACGAAGAACUACACUGACACAUUCGCAGGCUUGAACCAGUCACACUGGAGCUCUAUCAACUAUUCAGAGUGGGAAACCUUUGCGCCGUUGAGGAGCAGGCCGUGCGGGAUACUUGACAUCGAAUAUGAAAUGACGAAAUUUGCCUUCUAUUAUGUCGGGAUUGGAGCAGCCGUCUUCAUUUUGGGAUACUUUCAGAUCUCGCUGUGGGUGAAUGCCGCUGCCAAGCAGAUCCAGCUCAUCAGGAAAAUCUAUUUCAGCAAAGUGAUGAGAAUGGAGAUCGGCUGGUUUGACUGCACCUCGGUGGGAGAGCUCAAUACGCGCAUGUCUGAUGACAUCAACAAGAUCAAUGACGCCAUUGCGGACCAAGUCGCCAUUUUUAUGCAGCGUUUCACCACCUUUGUGUGCGGCUUCUGCAUCGGGUUUGUGAAAGGAUGGAAGUUAACGCUUGUGAUUGUGGCAGCAAGUCCACUAAUUGGCAUUGGAGCUGGCCUCAUGGCUCUGUUUGUGGCUAAGCUGACAGGCAUGGAGCUUCAGGCCUAUGCUAAAGCUGGAGCCAUUGCAGACGAAGUCCUCUCCUCGAUUAGGACGGUGGCUGCUUUUGGCGGAGAGAAAAAAGAAGUGCAACGGUAUGACAAGAACCUAGUGUCAGCUCAGCGCUGGGGCAUCAGAAAGGGUUUGAUCAUGGGAUUUUUCACUGGAUACAUGUGGCUGAUUAUCUUCCUGUGCUACGGCCUGGCUUUCUGGUAUGGCUCCAGUCUUGUGGUGGACACGGAGGAAUAUUCACCGGGGACACUUCUGCAGGUUUUCUUUGGUGUUCUGAUAGCAGCCAUGAAUUUGGGCCAAGCAUCACCCUGUCUGGAAGCAUUCGCCGCAGGCCGCGGAGCUGCCACUAUCAUCUUUGAAACCAUUGAACGAGAGCCUGAGAUAGACUGUUUAUCUGAGGCAGGAUAUAAACUCGAUAAAGUCAAAGGCGACAUUGAAUUUCACAAUGUGACAUUCCAUUACCCUUCCCGGCCGGAAGUUAAGAUCUUAGACCGGCUCAGUGUGAUAGUGAAGUCAGGCGAGACCACAGCCUUUGUUGGGGCGAGCGGCGCCGGGAAAAGCACAGCUGUCCAACUCAUUCAGCGCUUCUAUGACCCCAAAGAGGGCAUGGUGACCCUGGACGGUCAUGACAUCCGCGGGCUGAACAUCCAAUGGCUGCGCUCGCUCAUGGGCAUCGUGGAGCAGGAGCCUGUGCUAUUCGCCACCACCAUUGCUGAGAAUAUACGUUAUGGUCGACCUGGCGUCUCAAUGGAUGACAUCAUCACUGCCACCAAAGAGGCCAAUGCAUACAACUUCAUAAUGGACCUGCCACAGAAAUUCGACACCUUAGUGGGGGAGGGUGGUGGACAGAUGAGUGGCGGUCAAAAGCAGCGAAUUGCAAUUGCCCGGGCACUUGUCAGGAACCCUCGCAUCCUGCUGCUUGACAUGGCCACCUCUGCAUUGGACAACGAAAGUGAGGCUGUGGUACAAGAGGCCUUAGAUAAAGUACGCAUGGGACGGACCACCAUCUCCAUCGCCCAUCGGCUGUCCACUAUAAAGAACGCUGACGUGAUUGUGGGCUUUGAGCAUGGCCAGGCAAUUGAGAGGGGCAAGCACAGCGAGCUACUGGACAGGAAAGGCGUCUACUUCACUCUUGUCACCUUACAGAGCCAAGGGGACAAGGCCCUUAAUGAAAAGGCUCGGCAAAUGGCUGAAAAUGAAGACACACCAGAGAAGCUCAGCCUGUCAAGAGCUGGCAGUUACCGGGCCAGCAUGAGAGCCUCCAUCCGCCAGAGAUCCCGAUCCCAGCUAUCCAACCUGAUUCCAGAAUCUUCUGUUUCCAUUGCCGGAGAGCUAGGCCCCAGAGCAUACGCUGUGUCUCAAGUAGACAAAUCCAAGAAUGCCAUUCAAGAGGAGGAGGAGGGGGACCUAGUGGAGCCAGCACCGGUUGCCAGAAUCUUGAAGUACAACGUGCCAGAGUGGCCUUACAUGCUUUUUGGAUCUUUGGGGGCAGCUGUGAAUGGAGGAGUCAACCCUGUCUACUCACUUUUAUUCAGUCAAAUAUUAGCAACUUUCUCAGUUACAGAUCCCGUAGCGCAAAGAAAGGAGAUUGAUAGCAUCUGCCUGUUCUUCGUCAUGGUCGGCGUUGUCUCUUUCUUCACCCAAAUGCUGCAGGGCUAUGCCUUUUCCAAGUCUGGAGAGCUGCUGACCCGCAGGUUACGUCGCCUGGGCUUUCAUGCCAUGCUUGGCCAAGAGAUUGGCUGGUUUGAUGAUCACAAAAACAGCCCCGGAGCUCUGACCACACGACUGGCGACCGACGCCUCGCAAGUUCAAGGGGCCACCGGCUCCCAGAUCGGCAUGAUAGUCAACUCUUUGACCAACAUUGGGGUGGCCAUCCUCAUGUCCUUCUACUUCAGCUGGAAGCUCACGCUGCUCAUCCUGUGCUUCCUACCCUUCAUCGCUCUGUCAGGUGGUUUCCAGGCCAAGAUGCUCACUGGAUUUGCCAAGCAAGACAAACAAGCAAUGGAGGCUGCAGGACAGAUUUCAGGUGAAGCGCUCAAUAACAUUCGCACCAUCGCUGGUCUUGGCAAGGAGAGGAAUUUUGUGGACAGAUAUAUUGCGCAGCUGGAUGCUCCAUACCAGGCAGCCCUGAAGAAGGCUAACGUCUACGGGGCUUGUUACGGUUUCGCCCAGUGUGUUGUCUUCCUGACCAACUCUGCAUCCUAUCGGUUCGGGGGCUACUUGGUACGCCAAGAGGGACUCCAUUUCAGCUUGGUGUUCAGGGUCAUUUCUGCCAUCGUCACAAGCGGCACAGCCCUGGGCAGAGCCUCCUCCUACACCCCUGACUAUGCUAAGGCCAAGAUUUCAGCUGCACGCUUCUUCCAGCUGCUGGACCGAGUGCCCAAGAUUAGCGUCUACAGUGACAAAGGACAAAAAUGGGAUAACUUCCAAGGGAACAUUGAGUUCAUUGACUGCAAGUUCACUUACCCGACCCGACCAGACAUCCAGGUCCUCAAUGGGUUGAAUGUGGCAGUGAGGCCCGGCCAGACGUUGGCCUUUGUGGGGAGCAGCGGCUGUGGAAAGAGCACCAGCGUGCAGCUGCUGGAAAGGUUUUAUGACCCCGACAAGGGCAGAGUGCUGAUUGACGGUCGCGAGUCGACUCUCGUCAACGUGCCUUUCCUGAGAUCCAAAAUUGGCAUCGUGUCGCAGGAGCCAAUCUUGUUUGACUGCAGCAUCUUGGAAAACAUUAAGUACGGUGACAACUCACGGAACAUCAGCAUGGACGAGGUCAUAUCAGCUGCCAAAAAAUCGCAGCUCCAUGACUUUGUCAUGUCUCUACCUGAGAAAUAUGACACAAACGUGGGUGCCCAGGGUUCUCAAUUAUCUCGUGGUCAGAAGCAGCGCAUUGCCAUUGCCAGGGCAAUCAUACGCGAUCCCAAGAUCCUGCUCCUGGAUGAGGCCACCUCAGCUCUGGACACAGAGAGUGAGAAGACGGUGCAAGAGGCUCUGGACAAAGCUCGAGAGGGCAGGACCUGCAUCGUAAUCGCCCACCGCCUGUCCACCAUUCAGAACUCCGACAUCAUCGCUGUCAUGUCCCGAGGCUACGUGAUUGAGAAGGGAACACAUGACCAUCUCAUGGCCCUGAAGGGCGCUUAUUACAAGCUGGUCACCACUGGAGCACCAAUCAGCUAAUGGCUGCAAGAGGGUAAACAACUGGAAACAUGCGAGAGGAGCAGAGUUAUUGUCUGGGGUGACGAGGCCAACCAAGUCUGACUAAACAGCAAAAUGUAACUUGAAUCUUUUCACUUUUACCAUAUUUAUUUGUUUGGAAAUACCCUGUUCCGCUGAGAGGGUUUGAUGAGCUCUUUUGACACUACUGCUAGCUUACGUUUGUUUUGUUUUGUGUUCCCACAAUGUGACAAGGGGGUUAAUCACAAGGGAUACAUCCAAGCACACGGCACUACAAAGGUGGAUAGUAGAAGGGCUUAAUGCCAAUGAAAGACAGUAAAACAUCUUUUUUUUAAGCAAUUAUCCCAUUCGGGAGGUUGGGGUCUAUUUCUAAUUCCAGGUGAGAGGUAGGAACACCUAGGACUGAUCAUAUGUGGCGAUUGUGCAUGGGAAAUCAAAGUUAGCACUGUGAACCACUCCACUACUAAUGACCCAAACACAACGUAAUUCAUUCACCAAAGCAAUUGUUUGGGCUAAUAUAAUCAUCCCUUUGGUGAGUUACUAGAUUCAGAAACAGACAUUUCAACAACAUGUUUUCACAACACGUCAGUAGCUCAAAAUCAAAGACCUCAAAUGGCGUGUGUCACAACAUAGGGUAAUAGCGCCGAAAAGCCAUGAAAAGGCAAGUGCAACAAAGUACAUUGUCGGAAACGUGAAGUUGAAAUGUUUACCAUAAUAGGAUUGCUAAAAAUGAAUACUGUAUAUCAAACCGAGGAAAUUUCAGGGAUAAGACAUGUUGGAUCAAAUAUAUGCCUUUACAGAGCUUUAUCAUCAGAGAUGUAUUCAUUUUACAUGUGUAAAAUUGUGCCGUAUCACACUGAAAGCUGUUUGUUUUUGCUGCAUAUGAAUAGGAAAUCAAAUAUUCAUGUCAAAUUAACAUAUUGUUAAAUGAAUACCUCCCUCAAAACACAACUUGUAAGUGAGAAUUAUUGUUGUAGUAUUUUGGAAUUUUUUAUCAUGCAUGUGUUCACUGUCAGUAAAGUGCACGUGUACCUAAUGUUAGCCAAUGGCUGCAUUAAAAACAAACAUGGGUCUAAAUUAUUCAUUUAUUUGAGAAAAAUCUGAAUCAAUGUUUUAGAUGUUCAGAUACCUGCUAGUCAAAAUUAAGUGUUAAAUGUGAUACAGCGAGCUGUGGCAGAUCAAAGGUAACACUGAGAGCUCUCACAUUUAAGAAGGCUCCGAUAUUCUCUUUGACAUAUUUCAACGAAAGCACAAAUAAGCAGGUGGAUCGUGUAGCAGGGCUCAGAUAUUUAACCCGGUCGGUAAAACGUGACCUUCCGAUUCUCGACUGCAUACUUAGCGGUUUGAUGCUGUCUGGAGUGCAGAUGUCAGAGACACGCUAUCACUUAGUGGUAAGAUGUGAUCACGCCACACUGACCUCUGGGAAAUUGAGUCUUUAAUCGGACCUGGACUCUGGGGUGGAUUAGCAUGCCUCAGAUGCAAUCUCAUCUUGCCACUUCUCUUCCAAAUUGAUUCAGCGAUAGGACACUCUUUGACUUUGUGCCGUGUGACGCCAGAGGCUGGGUGACACAUCUCUGAUGGCUGCGAGAGUGAGAGGUGCCUCGGCAUAUUUUAGAGAGAUAAAGAGAAACAGAAUUUUCAAUUGAGUCAGAAACUGUGUGCGAAUACUGAGCUACACUAUUGCUCUACGAGUGCAAAUGUCAAAUUCUGAAAGAAGUGCGGACUCCAGGCUCUCUCGGGGCUAAGUGGGGGCUUGAACGAUAUGUGUGUAAUGCGAAAAAAAAAAAAAAGAAGAACAUCCAUGACUUCA